AUGGACUGGAGUCGUUCCUGAAUGCCGAAUGUGUUCAAUUACAAGUUACAACUGUGGUUUGGGCUGGUCUUCGGCUUCCCCUCAACAAGGCACAGACGACUGUGGGACCCAACAACAUGGGCACCUCCAUUUCAACCCGGACUCGCAGCCGGAGAUCGGCCUUAUCCCCCAUCUCCGGCACCGCUGCGUCGUCUACCGAGGCCCCUGCGCCCCUUAUCAAUCCUUACGAUUCCUCAUGUGAUUGGUCUCCGCGACGGCUCGUUCUGUCUUCCGAUCAGCUUCGUUACUGCUCGGAAGCCCUUAAUGUACUCAAAGAGAAGAAGUUUCAAACCCCCGGAAAAAUCCGUCAGGAAUUCGGCAUCCUGGAGACUAAUAGGAUGAACGCUGCUGAAAUGCGGAAUAGAUGUUCAGUAGCUCUGUGUGCCAUAAACAGCAGUAAAAAUCGGUAUCCUGAUGUAUUGCCAUUUGACAGUAAUAGGAUUAUAUUGAACCCAUGUAAAGACUAUAGACAAUCAGCAAAGGGAUAUAUCAAUGCGAGCUUGAUCAGAAUUUCUGAACACGUGUCUUCCUUUAUUGCGACACAAGGUCCAUUGCCUAAUACCUUUGAGGAUUUCUGGGAAAUGGUAAUCCAAAACCGUUGUCCUGCAAUUGUAAUGCUUACACAACUGGUUGACAAUUACAAGAUGAAGUGUGGAGACUAUUUUCAGGCAGAAGAUGGCACUAGAGAAUUUGGGAAUAUAUGCAUCACCACAGAAUGGACAAAAACAACAGACUCUUCCUUAAUAUUGCGUUGCUUGAAGGUUUGGCGUAAAGAGUCAGAAGAGCCACCUCUGCAUGUCUUUCACUUUCAGUAUCCUGCAUGGCCUGAUCAUGGAGUUCCUAAGGACACAAUUCUUGUUCGUGAGAUUGUGAAGCACUUAGUUACUGUGCCACCUAGUCUUGGCCCAAUUGUGGUUCAUUGCAGUGCAGGUAUUGGUAGAACUGGAACCUAUUGCACAAUUCACAACACCAUCCAAAAGGUGCUGCUUGGGGAUAUGUCCGCUUUAGAUCUUGUAAAUACCAUCACCGUUUUUAGGUCACAACGAAUUGGGAUGGUUCAAACAUUGGAACAAUAUCUUUUCUGCUACGACGCGAUUAUUGAUGAACUUGAAGAGCUCAUCAAGGAAAACGAGACAAGUGCACACUUAAUUGGCACUGCCUAGUAAAUAUUAUACGUAGUAUUUGCUUUAUGGAUCUUCAUGGCUAGAGACAUUAAUCCAUGGCCAACAGCCUUUGGUGUUUCUACCAUGGUACAGGGUUUCCAUGGUAUAGGGAUUAUAUGUUGUUUUCUAUAUUACACAUUAUUAAUCUGUACCUGUAAACGAUUUUUAGGAAUGCCCAUGAUCGUCAGAUUCGUCACUAGCAGGCACAUUUAUCCCAAUUAAACAGAGAUAGGGGCCGUAAAGUCUGUGUAUUUGAUUCACACUAAAUCUGUUAAACGGGGCUAUGUGUGUCCUUUUCACCGGCUACCCUUUCGUCCCUU